AGCCCCAUUUGUGCAGACUGUGCGUCCAUCUCAGACCAGAAGCUAUCUACCCGAUCAAACAAGAAAGAAGAGCAGCAGAGCCGUGUUUAAUCAACCGUGAGCUUCCGUCCGCAUCAUCUCGUCAAGGUCGACCAAUGGUGUUUUUGGGAGGAUCAUUGCGCGUGACGCGGAGCAUCGGCAGCCGGAAGAUGACGGAGGGGAAGAGCCACAGAGGGUCAGGGGCGUGGCGGCAGGCGCCGGCGCCCGUGAGGCAGCUCUUCUGGAGGGUGAGGCGCGCCAUGCUGCGGCCGAAGCGCCGCGUCGCGAGCUUCGGGUAUGACCUCAAGAGCUACUCCCACAACUUCGAUGACGGCCUCGUCCCUGCUCACCGCCUGUAGCGACACCCACGUGGUCUUCUUUUUCUUAUCGAUUUUAGCUGCCGUCCGGCCGGACCACGGCUCGAGGCUGGAGAGUUUGAAGCCUCGUCACCUUGUGAUUUGCUCGUCCUCUAGUUCAGCUACGAGUGUAUAUUAGACAGUACUGUUCAUACACAAGUUUCUUAGUGUUGAAAGUCUGAAACUGCCAAUAAAAUGACAGCGUAUCUAUGUGAUCGUAUGUAGUCUGCAAGCCGCGUGACUUGCCACAGUGGAAUGGGAUUUAAACUAUUUCUGUUUA